AUGGCUUUGAAGCGCAGGGAUGCGAUCCUCGCCAGCAUUGUCGCCUUCAUCGCCUGGGGCUAUGCCGUGAGCUGGUUCAGCGCCCUUCGCUGGGCUGGCUAUGCCUUUGGCGGCGGCCUCCUCGUCGCCCUCGUGGUUCUCCUCGGCGCCCUGCUUCUCUCUGCGCGCAAACCACCCGAUCGCCGACCUCGGCCGCGCGCUGCCCUGUUCCUAGGCCCGCAGCGCUGGCGCGAUGAUGUGGCCGCGCUGCGCAAACGCCAGGCGUAUGAGCGCCCUUCGCUGGGUCUGCCGUCGCAGCGUGUGGCUAUGGCCGUUGAUAACAUACUUAACAUGAUCCUUCGCGACUUUGUCAAAGUCUGGUACGACAAUAUUAGCCCGAAUCCCGAAUUUCCCGACGAGAUCGACCGCGCCGUUCGCAUGGCGAUGAUAAGCUUACUCGACUGCCUUCGCGAUAAGGACCUGGUCGAUCUCGUGAUAAGCAGGGUCUUUCCCAUCUUGACAGCUCAUUUUCGAGACUUCUACGAAGCGGAGCGAUCUAUUCGAGGCAAAAAAUUAAAUAAAUCGGUUACGGAGUCGGAAGAGCUGGAUCUCGCCAUAGCCGCCAAGUACAACAACGGGAGGCUUCACCCCGCAGCUUCGCUGUCAUUUCCCGACACCAAAAUGGUUCAGCAAGAUUAUCUCAGGGGCUUGAUGACUCGAAUUUUGCCCAAGGUUAUGCCUCGACAUAUGUUGUCGAGCCGGGCCGUCUCCAUUAUUGCCAAAGAAGUAGUCAGCUGCGCUGUCCUUUCACCUGUCAUGCAACUUCUUUCAGAGCCAGACACUUGGAAUCAGAUUAUGGAAAACAUGGGUCGCUCGAUGCUGCAGGAUCGAUCAACAGUUCGCAGGCUGAGAGCUGCCCUUGACCAACACGCAUCGCCUACACCCCGGACUCUCAAAGCUUCCGCAGCCCCCCGCAUAUCAUCCGGGGACAGCGAACGCAAAUUCGAAAAGUUUAUUCGCGCCAUUCGCAAGGUGAACAACUUAUCGGAUGCCCGCCGCUUCAGAAACGAGGUCGCCAGCCAACUCAAACGAGACUCCGUGGAGGAUAACUCCGACCAGGUCUACCUUCGCCGAUUAGAGAUGGGUAAGAGGCUGCUGGAUCAGCGAGUGGCCCAUUUGGCGGCAGGUGGAGAGAGAGCCAGCCACAUGUCUGCUUCGAAUCUACCAAGAACGGUCAGGUCGUCUUCCGCAUCUAGACUUGAGAAUGCUGGACUGGUGGAGCUCCUACGAGAUUCCGCUGGUCUUUCCUAUUUCAUGGAAUAUAUGGACCGUCAAAAGAUGAUGACUCUUGUGCAGUUCUGGCUGGUGGUUGAUGGUAUUCGAAAUCCGCUUGAAGACGAUGGACCUGAUAACGAAGCACUUCCUUCCAACUUGCCCAUGUGGAAAGACUCGGACCGACUUGAUUUGCGCCAGAUCCAGCAGGCAUACAUGUCAAAGUCAGAACUGCGCGUGCCCGCGUCGUCGCAGGCCAAUGUCAACGACUUUUUGCAAGCAGGAAAGGCUGCCACACCGGCGCAAUACUUCAAGGCGCGCAGAUCGAUUUUGCAAGUACAGAGCAUGGCUUUGGACACGAUGAAGAACCAGUAUUUCCAGGCCUUUAAAAAGUCAGAUCUGUAUUACAAGUGCCUGGCGUCGCAAGAAACAACCACUAUUGCGCAAUCAGCACCUAUGGCCUUGUCAGCAUCCGAUAUGGGCACACCACACCUGUCGAGUGGACGCUUACACAGCAGAACGCCCAAGCCGAAAUCACUGGCGCGUCUCAACCCGAUUACACGAAGGGCCGGUUCAGCGUCAGACCUCACAUCCAAUUACGGCCAGAGCGAUGCCACUGGCCCGCUGGUUGCUAGUAGAAGAUCAUUGGAUGAGGAUGGCGGUAACGCUCUGUUUGACGAUGACGAAUUCGAGCAUGACAAUAUGGCUGACUCAAAUCCCAACAUUGAACAAGAAGAUCAUCACAACAGACCUGAUACACAGGCAGUACAGGCGGUCGAACAAGCUUUGAAUAACAUCAUGGAGGAUGAUCGACCCCAGACAGCUGCAGAUCUACGAGCCUCGCUUUUUACAAGUGAUGACAAUCUUGGAGGAGGUGGCUCCAGUGGCCUCUUUGGAGAUGACGAGGACUCAAAUCGAGGCUCUAUGGAUGCUGGUCGGCCAGCCGCCGGGAAAGGAGACAAACCCAGCUUAUCGUCUCUGGGCCUGGUGAGCGCAGCGUCACGAAUUGGUGUUUUUGUAGACGACGAUCUCUUUGCAGACGAGGACAAACAUUUAUCGGAUGAGAGAGAAGACACGGGCAACGACGAGGAUAUCGAUGACGAGGACGAGGUCCACGCUGCUGCGCCAGGUGACCUUGGUCUUGCCGAGGCCAUUACGGUACUGACCAAUGACAUUGACCGUCUGACGGCACAAGAAGCCAUUGUGGAUUCCUUGACAAGAAAAGCCGAAUUAACCAAUAAUACCGCUGAACUACGGAUUCUGUACAAGUCGAAAGCCAGUCUACAUCGAGAAAUCCGACGCAAAGAGCUUCAGCGUCGGCAGUACGUGGUUCAGGAGAGCGACAACAGUCUGUAUGGACGAUCGACUGUCAAGAUCAAGUCUAUCCAAGUUGGGCGCGAAGAAGACGGCAGGGAAUUCGCGCUGUACGUUAUUGAAGUGCAGCGCGAUGCGGGUGAGCAGAUGCCUGCGGCGUCAUGGGUGGUGGCACGACGGUACAGCGAGUUUCAUGAUCUGCACUCAAAGCUGCGUUCCAGGUAUCCGUCAGUGCGGAAUCUCGAUUUUCCCGGAAGGAGAGUGGUGAUGAAAUUCCAGAGCGAGUUUCUACGCAAGAGACGAGUUGCGCUGGAAAAGUAUCUACAAGAGCUUCUGCUGUUGCCGGACGUGUGCCGGAGCCGGGACUUGCGCGGCUUCUUGUCCGAGAGUGCUAUCACACAGGGGGAAAACCUGCUUGACAGAGAGGACAGAAAGGAUCUUGUGAGUCGACUGUAUGAUUCUGUUACAGAUGGGAUGGAUGAUAUUCUGGGCAACAUACCGGUGCUGGAUCAGAUUUCGGUGGCUGGCCAAAACCUGAUUUCGGCGGCGACCAGCCAGCUCAACUCGGGACCACUGCUCCCGAGCGAGGAGUCCUUCCCGGCAGCUGAAGCAGAAGCAGAGUUGAACGCUUUUGAGAGCAAGGAGCUGGAACCGUUCAUCAAGCCAAUCUGUGAUAUUUUCCUGGAAGUGUUUGAGCUCAACCGUGGGAAUAAUUGGCUACGAGGCAGAGCGGUGGUGGUGGUGCUUCAGCAGCUGUUGGGAGGCACGGUUGAACGCAAAGUACGGGAUACUUUCAAGAUGUUGGUGCAAGAGGAACCGCUGCUACGGUAUAUUGGGCUGCUUCGGGACAACGUGUGGCCGAAUGGACAGCUGGUACGAGACAGGAAGGCGCGAAGUGCGACGGAGAAGAGGAAGACGCGGACAGAGGCGAGCCUGAUGCUGGCAACGCUGGUGCCCGACUUGGCAGGCAGCGUGGUUGGGCGGGCGAAUGCGCAGGCAGCAAGCCGACGGCUUUUUGCUACCUUUAACAACCCGAGACUCAAGCAAGUACAAGCGAUGUUGUGGAUGACGAGGGACGUUGGCUAA